CUAACUCUUUAGUGAAUGAAGUUAAUAAAUACUACAUGCCUACUUUCAUUUUACCUCGUGAACGGUGAAAAACAAAACAAAACAAAAAAACAGUGAAAACAUAAUGGACAGUGAUUGCUAUAGUUUGUGUGAGAAACUAGUACCUAAAAGUUACAUUCAGCAAGGACGAAAUGCAAGAACAGUUCAUCAAAGCAAAAUCAGGCAUCUUUUGGAACAGAGGAGAAUUCCAGAUGAGGGCUGGUGUGAUCAGACUAUCGAGUUGUUUCUGAAUGAACUUGCGAUUAUGGACAGUAACAACUUCCCUGACAACUGUGGGGUGGGUGAGAGAGAAGCCCGGAUUUUCUCCUCUUUGGUCAGCAGACGUCAUUUUAGGCUUGGCCACGGAAUAGGCAGAUCAGGGGAGAUAACUGCUGUUCAACCUAAAGCUGCUGGCUCCAGUCUGUUGAUGACACUGACAAACAGCUUGGCCCUUCAUGCCUUAAAACUGUCUGGUAUUCAAGCUAGCAGCUGUUUUGUUGUUCCCAUGGCGACAGGAAUGAGUAUAGCAUUAUGUCUUCUUUCACUAAAACAAAAGAGACCAAAAGCCAAAUAUGUCCUGUGGCCUCGAAUUGAUCAAAAAUCCUGCAUCAAGUCCAUUGUAACUUCAGGUUUUGAGCUGGUGAUAAUUGAGAAUGUGAAAGAGGGGCAUGAACUGAGUACAAACUUAGAGGAAAUCCGAACUAAAAUCCAGGAUCUUGGGGCAAGCAACAUCCUGUGUGUCCUGACUACCACCAGUUGUUUCGCACCCCGAGUUCCAGACAAGUUAGAGGAAGUAGGAGAGAUUUGUAAAUCACAAGACAUUCCCCACGUAAUAAACAAUGCAUACGGUGUGCAGUGUUCCAAAUGUACCCAUCUAAUACAACAGGCAUCCAGAUCUAGAGUAGAUGUUUUCAUUCAGAGCACAGACAAAAAUUUUAUGGUCCCUGUAGGAGGGUCCAUCAUUGCAGGAUUUGAUGAUCAACUCAUUCAGCACAUCAGCAAAUGUUACCCAGGUCGGGCCUCAUCCUCUCCCUCCACAGACCUACUGAUUACCCUCCUUAGUAUGGGGGCCCAAGGAUACAAGGACCUCCUGAAAGAGAGGAAAUCAAACUACAAGACCUUACAAACUAGACUGAGUGAGUGUGCUCAAAAACAUGGGGAACAAUUACUGGCAACACCUCACAAUGGCAUUUCAAUGGCCAUGAGUUUAUCAACAUUCCAGUGCAAUGAGGAGAGUGUCACAGACUUAGGCUCCAAACUGUUUACUAGACUUGUGUCUGGAACAAGAGUGAUUCCCUCUGAUGGAAAGAAGAGUGACAUUUGUGGUCAAACCUUCACAAGUUUUGGUGCACACUGUGAUGCCUACGGAAGCCCGUACCUCACAGCAGCGGCAGCCAUUGGGAUGACAUCACGUGAUAUAGACUUGUUUAUAACUCGGCUAGAUAAAGUACUUACCAAGUGUGUCAAAUCGAAAGAGGCUAGUCAAGUGAAAUCAUGACCUCUGCAGAUUUGAGAUAUUUAAACUAAAGACAUCUUUUAACGAAUUAGGUGCAUGUCAGAAUAGAAAUAAUUCGUUUUGUUGUGUCAAAGGGAAAAUAAAUAUUGUAGAAAUUAAA